CUCUCAAGUCAUAAAGAGGACAUGAACGUUUAAGGGAUUACCCCAGGGGAAGGUUGACGCGACGCAGUCUGCAAGCAAAAGUCAUCAAUCGCUCCUUUAUCAGCACAAUCAGUAGCACAAUGCAAGCACUGCACAGCCGGCCGUUUUCAUCUGCGAAGCCGGGCGCCAGGCCACCGCGCGCAACGCGAAUCAAUGUUCGCGCAUCCGUCGCUGCGGGGUCCUCUGCGGCCACGAGGACCUUCCAUACGUUGCCGGAUGGAAAGAAGCUUGAGCUGCUUGUGCAGAAGGCAGCGGCAGGCAGCGGACGCCCGCCCCUGCUGUUUGUUCAUGGCAGCUACCAUGCCGCCUGGUGCUGGCAGGAGAACUUCAUGCCCUACUUUGCGGCUCGCGGCUACGACACGUAUGCUGUCAGCCUGCGGGCGCAGGGAGGGAGCGACCCCGCCCCAGCCGGAGUCAGUGUGGCAGGCACGCUGGACGUGCACGCAGCCGACCUGGCCAGCCUGGUCCCGGCCGUGGCCGCCAGCAGUGGCGGCGGCGCGGCACCGGUGAUGCUGGGCCACUCCUUUGGCGGACUGAUCGUGCAGAAGUACGUGCUGGGGUCCGCCAAGCCCGGCACCGCCGCCUCCACCGCCCCCGGCUCCUUCGCGCCGCUGUCCGGCGCCGGUUUCCUAUGCUCCGUGCCGCAGUCCGGCAACAAACAGAUGGUCACUCGCUUCCUGUUCCGUGACCCCAUCCUGUCGUUGAAGCUCACCUGGGGCUUCGUGGCUCGCUCCUUCGCCACCAGCCUCACCGCCUGCCGCGAGCUGUUCUUCUCUGCCGACAUCCCCGCAGACAAGCUGGAGAAGUAUCAGAAGCUGUUGGCCGCUGCCUCGCCCACCCGCCUGAUCGACCUCAAGGACAUGAACGCGCAGGUGCCGCUGCCCGCCCCGCCCGCCACGGCGCCGCCGGCCUUCGUGCUGGGCGGCGUGGAGGACAAGGUGGUGGACACACAGGCCGUGGAGGAGUUGGCUCGCCACUAUGGCACGCAGCCGGUGCUGCUGCCGGCGGUGGCACACGACUGUAUGCUGGACACACGGUGGGAGCAGGCGGCGCAGGAGCUGGAGAAGUGGCUGGCAGGGCUGUGAGGGGCAGGGGAGCGGAAGAGCGAAUCGGCGUAGGUGAAGAAAGCGUGCAUGUGACGAAGUGGGAUGUUGUGGGCAGAACGCAGGGCUUGUGGGCAGGAUGUAGCAGACCGGCAGUUUUGGUCAUCGGUACAUCGGUCUCGGCGCGUGCGAAGCGAUGGUGUGCGUGUAUGAGAGGACAAUUUGCCAGCUUGAAGAGCCAAUUUUUGGGGGGUUUCAAGGUGUAAGAAAGGAAUGUG